CUUGCUCCUCCUCCUCAAUCACAACAAAACAUGUCGCAGACAAGGUACUUCUCCACGCGCGGCGGCGCCGAGACGCUCUCGUUCGACGAGGCUGUUCUCACCGGCCUGGCGCCCAACGGCGGGCUGUACAUCCCGACCGAGAUUCCCUCGCUCCCAGCGGACUGGGAGACGGCGUGGGCCAAGCUGUCGUUUGCCGAGCUCUCGCACGCCAUCCUGAGCCUGUUCAUCCCCGUCGACUCGAUCCCCUCCGCCGACCUCAAGGACAUUAUCGACCGCUCGUACGCCACCUUCCGCUCGGACGCCGUCACGCCCCUCCGCAAGACGGCCGACGGCGAGUACACGCUCGAGCUGUGGCAUGGCCCCACUUGGGCGUUCAAGGACGUUGCGCUCCAGUUUGUCGGCAACGUGUUCGCGUACCUCCUCGAGAAGCGCAACGAGGCCGGAGCGAACGAGCAGCUGACUGUUCUCGGCGCGACCUCGGGCGACACUGGCUCCGCCGCCAUCUACGGCCUCCGCUCCAAACCCGCCAUCACCAUCUUCAUCCUGUACCCCGACGGCCGUGUGUCGCCUAUCCAGGAGGCGCAGAUGGCGACGGUCCCCGACGCGAACGUGUACUGCGUCUCGGUGCUCGACUCGGACUUUGACACGUGCCAGUCGAUUGUCAAGUCGUGCUUCUCGGACGCGGCGUUCAACAAGGCGCACCGCCUCGGCGCCGUCAACUCGAUCAACUGGGCGCGCAUCCUCGCCCAGAUCGUCUACUACUUUGCCGCGUACUUCCAGCUGCCCGAGGCAGAGCGCAAGGACGUCAACUUCUCCGUGCCGACCGGCAACUUUGGCGACAUCCUCGCCGGAUGGUACGCCAAGCGCCUCGGCCUGCCGGUCGGCAAGCUCGUCGUCGCGACCAACGAGAACGACAUUCUCCAGCGCUUCUUCGCGACGGGACGGUACGAGCGUAACGGCUCCGAGGGCGUCAAGGCGACCUACUCGCCCGCGAUGGACAUUCUCCUCAGCUCAAACUUUGAGCGCCUGCUCUACUACCUCGCGCACGACACGCAGACGGGCGCCGUCGCCGCCGGCUCGCCCGAGGAGCGCCGCGCCGCCGCCCAGGCGCAGCUGAGCAAGUGGUACGACGAGAUCAAGGCGACCGGCUCGGCCGACAUGGGCGCCGCGGUGCAGAAGCUCGCCGACUCCGAGUUCUGGGCCGAGCGUGUUUCGGACAGCGAGACGCUCGCCGAGAUCAACAAGUACUACAGCCUUCCCAAGCCGUACGGCCCGUACGUCGUCGACCCGCACACUGCCGUCGGCCUCGCCACGACCGAGCGCUCAAAGGCCAAGGGCGGCAAGACAUGGGUCACCCUCAGCACGGCCCACCCCGCCAAGUUCUCCGAGGCCGUCGAGCUCGCCCUCAACAAGGACACGGCGCCCGGCUUCGACUUCCGCCGCGACGUCCUGCCCGAGCAGCUGGCCGAGCUCGAGACCCUCCCCAAGCGCGUGUACAAGGUCCGCGGGGAGGAGGGUGUGCGUGCCCUCGUCGAGGCCGUCAAGCGCGGCGAGAAGCCCGCCCCUUCGGCUUAGGAGCCGGCGUGUAAAGGGCAGUAUGCCUAGAGGUAGAGAUCAUGCAUCGAGGUAAUGGACA